UGUCACGUGACCACAACACAGGAAGUUGCCCUUGGCGCCAAAAAUAAGUGUCGUCUUCUGUUUGCUCCUGAGUUUAUUUGUUCUAAUUUUUGGACCUCUGUUUGUUUGUUAGUGAUGUUCUGUGAGAAAGCCGUCGAGUUGAUCCGAGAACUUCAGCGGAUGAAUGACGGACAACUUCCUGCAUUUAAUGAGGACGGCAUCCGCCAGGUGCUGCAAGAGAUGGAGGCUCUGUACGACCACAACCAGAGCGACGUGAACGAGACCAAAAGUGACCACCGAACCGAUUUGAUUCCCUCCAUCAGGUUACGUCACUGCUGCCUGCUACGGAACCAGCGCUGCGUCACAGCCUACCUGUACGACCGCCUGUUGAGGAUCCGGGCCCUGCGUUGGGAGUACGGCAGCGUGCUUCCCGCCAACGUGCGCUUCCACAUGAGUGCCGAGGAGCUGCAGUGGUUCACGUGCUACAAGAAGUCUCUGGCAGCCUUCAUGCGCUCUCUGGGAGGCGGUGGCGGGCUGGACAUCACUCAGGAUAUGAAGCCUCCGAAGAGUCUAUACAUCGAGGUGAGGUGUCUGAAGGACCACGGCGAGCUGGAGAUUGACGAUGGGACCGUGAUCCUCCUAAAGAAGAACAGUCAGCACUUCCUCCCGCGGUGGAAAUGCGAGCACCUGAUUCGGCAAGGCGUCCUGGAGCACGUUGUGUCCUGAAGACUCCCCCACCCCCCACCUCUUUCUUUUUUUUUUUUUUAAUGAAAGAAUGCUAAGAGUGACGUGAAUAAAUAAAUGUUUGUACUACG